AUGUCAGACUCCAACAACACCGGCACCUCCUUCUUCCUAACAGGCCUCCCAGGCCUUGAGGCUGUGUACACCUGGCUCUCCAUCCCUCUGUGUGCCAUGUAUGUGGCAUCUCUGGCAGGGAACAGCCUGAUCCUCUGGGUGGUGAGGUCAGAGCCCUCCCUGCACCAGCCCAUGUACUACUUUCUCUCCAUGCUGUCAGUGACGGACCUGGGCCUGUCUGCCUCCACGCUGCCCACCAUGCUCACCAUCUACGCGCUGGGUCUCAGGGAGGUGGCAGUGGAUGCGUGCCUGACCCAGCUCUUCUUCAUCCACACCUUCUCCAUCAUGGAGUCCUCUGUGCUGCUGACCAUGGCCUUUGACCGUGUGGUGGCCAUCAGCAACCCCUUGCGCUAUGGCACCAUCCUCACGAGUCCCCGGAUUGCCAGCCUGGGCCUGGCCAUCCUGCUGCGUAGUGUGGGUCUUCACAUCCCAGCCCCCAUCAUGCUGAAGAAGCUGCCUUACUGCCGCAACCGCCUGCUUUCCCACUCCUACUGCCUGCACCCCGAUGUCAUGAAGCUGGCCUGUGCUGACACCCGCAUCAACAGUGCCUAUGGUCUCUUCGUAGUGCUCUCCACUCUGGGUGUGGACGCAGUGCUCAUCGUCCUCUCCUACGGGCUGAUCCUCCAUACAGUGCUGUCCAUCGCCUCCAAAGCAGAGCGUCUCAAAGCCCUCAACACUUGUGCCUCCCACCUCUGUGCAGUGCUGCUCUUCUACACACCGAUGAUGGGCCUGUCCAUGAUCCACAGAUUUGGGAGGUGGGCUUCCCCACGCAGCCGUGUGCUGCUCUCUUAUCUUCACUUUCUCAUUCCUCCAGUGCUCAAUCCCAUGGUUUAUACCAUUAAAACCAAGCAGAUCCGUUUGAGGAUGCUGCAUCUCUUCUGGUGGAAUAGAAGUAGCACUAGACACAAAGGAGGUAAUUAA